GUUCGAAUUGCAGCUGUGCAGUGCCGAACAUUUUCUACAGCUAGGGUUCUCCGACAUGAUAAUCCUCUAGGACUCCCUCGCUCUGGAACUCCACCAUCCUUCCCUCGGCGCCGCGGUCUACCAGAGAAACGGAAGAUCCGAGAUGUCAAGAAGGUGGUGGCGGUUUCGUCUGCCAAAGGAGGAGUUGGAAAGUCGACUAUAGCAGUCAAUCUUGCCCUAUCCUUUGCUCGUCGUGGUAUCCGGACAGGUAUUCUUGACACUGACAUCUUCGGGCCAUCUAUUCCAACCCUGCUCAAUCUCUCGGGCGAGCCUCGCCUUGACGAAAAUAACUGUCUCCUCCCUCUCACAAACUACGGCCUCAAGUCCAUGUCAAUGGGCUAUCUCCUCCCGCAAACACAAUCCGACCCCGCCACGGGCGAAGUACCAAUGGACUCAACACCGAUCUCGUGGCGCGGGCUGAUGGUCACUAAGGCCAUGCACCAGCUCCUGCACUCGGUGUCGUGGGGCCCCCUCGAUGUCCUAAUCGUGGACCUGCCACCGGGCACGGGCGACGUCCAACUCACCAUUAACCAAGAAGUCAUCAUCGACGGCGCAGUGGUCGUCACCACGCCGCAGGAUAUUGCGCUGCGCGACGCCGUCCGCGGCAUCGGCAUGUUCCAGCGCAUGGAUGUCCCCGUGCUCGGCAUGGUGCGUAAUAUGGCCUUCUUUGCCUGUCCGCAGUGCGGCCACCAGACCCGUAUCUUCUCUCAUGGCGAACAUCGCCACUCUCGUGGGGAAGACCAAGGUGUCUUGGGUCAAUGUAAACGGCUCGGUGUGGAUUUCCUGGGCGAUAUCCCGCUUGACGCGCAGGUUUGCGAGGAUGCUGAUCGCGGUAUGCCGACUGUCGUGGCUGAAGAGUCUGCGGAGCGCAGUGCCAGGCGACAGGCGUUUCUCGGUGUUGCCGAGCAGAUUGCUCAUAAGAUCGGGCUGGACUGGCGCUAA